UUGAAACUAGUAAUAUAAUUUUAACAAUAGCUCAACAAACGAAAAUAAUGGGUGAGGAAAUGAACAUCACGGAGGAUGAAGCAGCAUUAUAUGACAGACAGAUUCGUCUCUGGGGAUUGGACGCACAGCGCAGGUUACGUGCUGCGAAAGUUCUUCUGAUUGGACUGAAGGGACUCGGCGCAGAGAUCACUAAGAACAUUGUUCUGGCUGGAAUCAAGUCAAUAACUUUGUUGGACAAUACAAAAUCUACAGAAGAAGACAGUUGUUCACAAUUCCUCAUCUCUAGAGCUGACUUGGGUAAAAAUAGGGCCGAGGCAUCCCUAGAACACACACAGCGUCUGAAUCCUAUGGUAGAGGUUGUGGCAGACACACAGAGUGUGGAGGACAAAGCUGACAAAUUCUUCACAAAGUUCGACGUCGUUUGUGCCACAUGCUGUAAACAGUCCACUCUCCUCAGGAUCAACAAAAUCUGCUCGGCCCACAAUAUCAAGUUCUUUGGAGGGGAUGUCUUUGGCUUUUAUGGUUUCAUGUUUUCUGAUUUAGGAGAACAUGAAUAUGCAGAAGAAGUUCCCAAGCCGAAACCGAAAGAUGAAGAGGGGGAACCAGCAGCUAAAAAAGCCAAGAAGGAAGAAACAGAAAUGGUUACAGUGAAAAAGAGUGUUUCCUUCAGUCGACUACAGAGUGCGUUAGACAUUGACUGGUCCUCUCAAUCGGCUCAGCGUAAACUCAAAAGAAUUCCCAACACAUACUUCAUCAUGCAAGUGUUACAUGACUUCAUGAAUAACAACAACAGAUGUCCUGAUGUCAAACAAAAAGAGAACGACAUUAAGCUAUUAAUAGAACAGAAAACAGUAACCCUUGAGAAGCUAAAGCUAAGCCCCAGUCUACUCUCAGAUGAAUUUGCCAGUUUCUGCUUUGCUGAGCUGAGUCCAGUGUGUGCCAUUGUGGGCGGAGUCAUGGGUCAAGAAAUCAUUAAGGCUGUAUCUUUGAAGGACCAGCCUCAUGAUAAUUUCUUCUUCUACAACGGGAUAGAGGGCAGUGGCUUAGUGGACAAAAUCACAUCAUCUUGACCUCUGAACCUGAGUUUAUCCUGGCCUUGUAUAGUCCAUUAUGAUAGCAUGGAAUACUGUCUGUCUGUAUUGUAAUUCAUCCCAUUUGUCAUUUGAUAUUGUCAAAAAAUAUUAAACAUAUGCAAAUGCAAUUAAACGAUAUUAUUCUGUAUACGGCAGUAUUUUAUGAAAGCAAACGGAAGCAAACCUAGAUAUGAAUUAUUCAUGAUUGCAGUCAGGGAAGGACGACUAUUGUUUGUUUGGAUUACUGGGGAAAUAAAAUGUCCUUA